AUGGUGAUUAUCAAUGGACGACGAAGCCCUAUCUGCUUCACUACAACCAUGUUAUCACUAUCAAUGAUGAUGAUGAUGAUGAUGACGACGACUAUGGUGAAAGAGUGUGAUGGGUGGAUGACGCCAUGCAACGGCAGCACCAUGGUGGAGUGCAUCCAUGUUGUUGACGUCGACGAAGAGAUAGAGUUUCAGAUGGAUACAGAAGUACAUAGGUGGAUUCUGGUGCAGACAAACUCUCCUAAGCCGCAUAUCGUUCCAAAGGCUCUAAAGCCUGGUAAUCCGGUUUGUAAAGGCAAAGGUUGUGAAGGAAAGUACAAUAUUCGCAACAAUGGUCGGCCAUGUGCUGCGUUUAAACAAUGUCGGAAGUGA